AUAGUUUUCAUCACCCGUCUUAUUUAUAAUCCUCGCUUUGACACCUCGCGAUGAAAUUAUUGCAGCCAUUUUGGACGCGUUUUGAGUUUUCCCGCCAUUACACCAAUUAGUUGAGUGAGAUGUCCGCCGGCGGGUGGACGCUUUACGGUUUUUAUGUGACUGUUUGUUAUUUUUUUUGUUUCUGUGCAAGUUUUAAAGUGUUAAUGUUUCCAAAUGUGCAGUGGUAUCGUAUCUUCGAGCGGAUGUCCUCGCGGCGGGUUCGCUCUGUCGCAGUCCCUGGUGGAGCGGCUCGGUCGGGACCACGAGCAGUUGCCAGUGCUGCCGCCUUUGCAUCAUCCCAUCAGAGAUAACUCAGUAUGCGCGCGCAGUACGUAUUCGCCACUGCAGGCGCUCAGCGAAAGCACGUGCCGAGACCCCGGCGUGUCCGCGCCGCCGCCGCAGCCGCCGCCUAGAGUACAGGCGUCGAACCAAAACGUGACAGUGCACCCGGCAGUAGCGCGCUGCACGGCCACCCUCGAGCUGGCAGCUCUCUGGCGCAGCUUCCACGAGCUGGGCACCGAGAUGAUCGUAACGAAGGCGGGGCGCCGCAUGUUCCCGGCCCUGCAGGCUCGCCUCGCGGGGCUGCUGCCCAAUGCUGACUAUCUGCUGCUCAUCGACUUCGUGCCGUUGGAUGAUAAGAGAUACCGAUAUGCUUUCCACAGCUCAAGUUGGGUGGUGGCGGGUAAAGCGGACCCGGUGUCGCCGCCGCGCAUCCACGUGCACCCGGACUCGCCCGCGCCCGGCUCCAACUGGAUGCGCCAGCUCGUCUCCUUCGACAAACUCAAGCUCACCAACAACCAACUUGAUGAUAAUGGACACAUAAUCCUGAACUCGAUGCACCGCUACCAGCCGCGGCUGCACGUGGUGUACCUGCCGGGCGAGGGGCAGGCGGCGGCGCCCGGCACCGUGCCCUACCGCACCUUCGUGUUCCCGGAGACCGGCUUCACCGCUGUCACCGCUUACCAGAACCAUAGGAUAACGCAAUUGAAAAUAGCGAGCAAUCCCUUUGCGAAAGGAUUCAGAGACUGCGACCCCGAUGAUUGUCCCCCCGAACAGAGUCAGCGCGGCGGCGGCGGCGGCGCGCGGCGGCGCGAGUCGGCGGUGGCCGAGACGUGCCCGCAGCUGGCGCAGCCGUACGCCGCCGAGCCCAGCGCCUGCGGCCCGCUCUACCCGCCGCACGCGCAUCCCGUGCGUUACCAACCGCACGCAGGCCACAACAGCGCCUACAGUGCUUACUACGCUCACAGAUAGCUGGCCACGUACCACGAGCGAUAGUGUAGUGAAUGUAAAGACAACGCCCGCUGACGACCGCGACCCGACAGAGUGAGCGACCGCGUCGCUGGAACGCGCACCAUCUGUCAAUUUUACCGCCUGAAGGGGAAUUUGAAAACAGAACUCGUUUUGAGGCACUGGGGAUGUUCUUAAAUCUAUGUUGGGUUCUAAAGCUCUUCUAAAUUCAAAAAUGUUUCGUUGGAAAUAAAAAUUGUCUCUGUUUUAUAACGUUUCGGAUCGUUUGUGAUUUUGAAAGUAAGGUUCGUAUUUUGAUGAAUUUGAUGUAAAAUUAUUGUAUAAAUAAAUUAUGAAAUUGAUUAGUAGGUAUGUAACUUUGGUAGUGUAGGACAAAAUUUUAAAAAUGGUUUUGAUAUAUUUUUUGGCGUUAUUUUAAAGAAUGUUGGUAGCGGUUAUUUGCCAGAUGGUGCUAAGGCAUUGUAAAAAGUUGGUUGAAAUCGAAAUAAAAUUUAUAUUUUAUAUUGUAAUACACACCUAAUGUACUAUUAUAAUUUGGUGAAAUGAGAGAAAUAUAUCAUAGUGAAAUGUAAAAGUUACCUUGUAAUGUAACCAAAGGAAAAGUUUUAAAUAAGUAGUACCGAAGAAUGAGCCAAAUAUCUUACCUGUAUCAAUUUUACUAUAUAACCAUUUGUAUAAUCUCAAAUAUUGCAUAUUAUUGGUAAUGCACUGUCUACGCCUACGCAAUAAAUGUGCCUUUUCUGUGACAUUAUAUCGAAUUAUAAACAUAUUGAAAACUAUUCAUUGUUACCAAAUAUAAUGUAUUUAUUAAUAUAGCCUAAUAUAAUUUUAGUGAUUACCAAAAACUAGCGCAUUCUUCUUCAUUUUAUUAGAAAAUGAAGAGAUAUGAAAGCACCAGUGAAAACGCCAAGUGCCAAAAAAAACCCAAAGGUUUAUAAACUAGCUAAUGUUAAGAUAGAUUAAGAUUUAGUAAAUAUGUUUGGAUAUUUAUUUAAAUCUAUUAAAGUUGACGCAAGUCGA